AUCGGGGUGGGGGGAAGACAACGACACAAAGGUGCUCCUCUUAUUUAGACUUUUUGUUUAUGGAGGUGGGAAAGGUUACGAUCCAGAGAAGAAAGACUACUCAGGUUUUGAGGCCUGGUUGCAGUGUUACUAUGUGGAUGGAAUGAAGUCUGUACGCGACCACAAUGGCAGGACUAUGUGGUUCAAAGGCGAUCCAGGUCCUAUGGCUCCUAAAGAAUCAAAGUCUCCAAAGGCCAAAAAGAGAAAAGAUACAGAUGCAGACCAUGAUUACCCCCGCAAGAAAAAGGUGUCCAGGAAACACAACUCUGACAGCACAGUGAAGAAAAAAGCAGCCAAAAAGCCCACAAAAGCAGCAAAGGAAGAAGAAAAUGGACCUCAAGAAGAAGCCACACCCAGAAGAAGAUCAGCAAACACACCUCAGCAAGAACCGAAAUCCACGUCAGGCAGGAGGAAAAAGAACAAUACAGAGCCAGCUGCAGGUCUGAUUCUAAUAAUACUCCCAUUUUCUGAAAAUAUUAAGAGCCUGAUCUUUGAGGAUCCAAUUCCCACACACUUAUCUGUGUGCGCAAACUAUAAAAUUGCAUGUACUGUUGGUGGACGUGUUGUAUGUGAUCUACUUUGUGCAAUUGAUAGCAGCAAAAGUGGCACAGAUCACCCUAUUUUUGUGUACUAGAAGCAUUAUGUGCCCUUGGAAACACUUCUUUCCCUCUACAUUCAUGUUAUUAUGCUCUCCACACUGGAGGGGGGCUUAUAUUAGAUUAUAGCACAUAUCGAUCAUCUAACACCUUUUCUGCAAUAUAGAAUCACAGUAUGUAUACUAUUUGCAGCAGGAAUGAUCAAACUGCAUAUUGCAAGACAUUUUUUUUAGGAGUUAUACUAAAUACAAAAAAAAAAAAACGCAACGCUUUUGUUCUUGUUCCCAAUUUAAAUGAACUCAAAGAUCGAAAACUUUGACUAUAAACACAAAAUACCUGUUCCUCUCAAAUAUUGUUCACAAAUCUGUAUACAUUUGUUAGUGAGCAUUUUUUCUUUGCCAAGAUAAUCCAUCCCACCUGACAGGUGUGCCUUGAGCUGUCCAAAAUAAAAGGCCACUGUGAAA